AUGUCAAAAGAAUUUACUGGGAUAAAUCUCAUAACUGAAGACCCAUUUACUGAACCAACAAAUAGAAGUUAUAAACAAGAAGAUGAGUCAAACCUUUUUUAUUCUCACAAAUCAUAUUUAUCAACUGAAAGUGAUUUUACAAGCCCUUCUAUUAUGUGUACUCCAACCCCAAAAGAAUACAGAGUGAUUAAUCUUCUUAAUAAAGGGGUGUUAAACAUUGUUGGUAAAGUGGCUUAUCAUGAAGUCUAUUCUCAUAUAAAUAAAACUAACACUGGUGACGAGUUUAAAAAACUUGGUUUCUUAAAAGAAAAGUUAAGAACUCCCGUAAAAAAAGAAUCUAGUUUAAAGAUUUUGUUCCUUGAAGAUGAAGAAUUAACUCAUUGUGAAUCUGAUAGUGAGUUGUCAAUAGAAAGAAAAGAAUCAUUUAUGGAUGAUAGUAUUGAAAACUAUAUUAAAGAACAAUUAUUCAUUCAUAAAAGACAUAUAGAUAAAUUAAAACAAUGGACUGGAUUAACAAAAUACCGAAUUAUUUACAACACUGAAAUUGAUGAAUUUACAACCUUAGCUUUUAAUAAAAAAAUUAAUGGAAGAAGUAAUCUUACAUUUGUUAUACUUACUAGCGAUAAAUGGGUAUUUGGGUGUUUCAGUCAAGCAAGAAUUCCCAAAAUAAAAGAAAGUGAAGAGUCUGUAGGACCUGAAGAUAAAGGUUUUUUUGUUUUUUCUUUGAAAAAUCCUCAUCAUACAACAGCUACAAAAAUUAUACCAAGAAUUCAAUCAUCUAGAUUGGUCUUUUAUCCAAAAAAUUCAGCACAACUAUUUGGAGUUCAAAAUGCAUUUUUGAUUUCUAACCAUCCCAACGAAUCUUUUGUAUUUAGGAAUAUAGACCAACACUAUUCAAUACCUUCAUUAGUUGGAAAAGAAUUAUUAACAGGGAAUUGUUAUCCAGAAAUAUUUAACACUGAAAAAGUUUUAGUUAUUGAAUGGUUUUAA